ACGGAGUCUCUUCCGCGGAGCCUCACGCACUUUCGCACCGACCGCCGAACCGCACGUCGCGGCCGAGACCAACCGACCGACCGACCGACCGACCCGAUCUACCGACCGGACGAGUGCGAACGACUACCAUCCUACGAGUGCGGACGACCGCACGAUUACGGACGACCGAUGUCGUCCUCGACGACGGUCAACUCGGGCCAGCCCAGACAGCCGCCACCACAGCUGUCGGACGGACUGUCGUCGUUGGUGUUGUCCAAGAAGUAUCUGGCGUGCGCCCGGCCGCCGCACGUGUACAAACUAGACCACGAGAACCGGGACGACGGUGGUGAGAUGUGCUACGGCGGUGAACCGUCGUCGGCCGAGUGCUGGGAGCAGACCGCGUGGGGAGCGCCGCCGUCGCCGGUGGUCGCUGCGGCCGUGCAGGCACGGUACGAGCCUUCGGACGUGUUCACGCCGCUGGUGUUCGAAGAGAUACGGCCGCCGUCGCCGGAACAGCCGCCGCCCAUGUGGAUACGGACGGCCGAGCGGUUCCCGAACGGCACCGUGCUGCAGGUACACCAUCACCAUCUGCACCAUCACCACCAGCAGCCGCCACCGACACCGCCGCCGCAGCAGCCGUUGCACCACCACCAGCACCGUCAGCACCUGCACCAUCUUCAUCAAGGCCAACACCCGCAACACGUCGCCGGCGGCUACCCGGCGAGGCGUCCGCUACAGCACUUGCCGCCGCCAGUGCAGUCGUCGCUGUCCGCCAAACCGUCGGCGUCCGAAGCCGUCCAGCAGCAGCAGCAGCCCGACGGCAACAAGCCGGGUGACUUGAGUUGGCUGGUCAACUUCCAGGUGGCGUCCAUCUUCGAACCGACUGGCGGCGGCGUGGGCAGCAACGUCUCGGCCGGCGAAUGGUCCCAGGAGCCGGCGGACGCGUUAAAACCUAAGAGGAAAGCCGCUGCGCCCAGGCCAACGGCCGACCAGAAACCUUCUACAAAAAUCAAUCGAAAACCAUACAGAAUGCCACCUUCGAGGUUAGAUAAAGCCAAUAAGCCCGGGUACACGUAUACGGAAAUGAUUCAUCAAGCCCUGAUGGAAAAAAAAGAAUUACCAGUAGCAGAAAUUUAUCAAUGGAUAUCGAGUCAUUUUCCGUAUUUCCGCGAAGACGACGAACGCUGGAAAAAUUCCGUGCGUCAUAAUUUAUCCAUAAACCCAAACUUCCGAAAAGGGCGAAAGUCUCAAGGGGCCGGUCAUUAUUGGCGGCUAUGCAGUUCCGAGGAAAGUCAGGGCCAUCGCGAGUUUCCUGCAAUCGUCGAAGACGACACAUCUUCGCCGCAAGAGUCGUCUGAAUUAGAACAAGCUUGCAAGUAUCUGGAAGGCGAACUGCAGCGCGAUAGCUGCCUGGAUGAUGUGAAAAUGCAUUCGACCAUCGACACGGAAUUAGAAAAUGAAAUUUAUACCAAUUCGUUUUUGAUUUCCAAUCCAUCAAAGUUUGUAAAUGAACAAAUGAAUAUGUCGAAUAACAAUGAUUUUCAUUCGUACAGUGAAAACAUUUUGGAGGAGUCCAUUGACUUUCAGUAUUAUAAUUUAUAAAUCUUCCAGCUCAAACUAUUUUGGUUUCAAAAAUUCCAAGUUCUAUUAUUUUUUUUUUUUACAUAUAUUUUUAUAAAUUUAAGACUGACUAACAGAUGACCUUUUUUAAUACUACUUUUACAUGAUUAUUACCAUCAAUUUUGACACUGAAAUUUUACCUGUUUGUGUUUAUAGCUUUUUUUUUGUUUGUUACCA